GUCUCUAAAAUGUAUGCUAUCCUAGCUCUAUAAAAUUAAAUCAAAUUGGUUAAGGCUCAAGUAACUACAGGAAAACGAUACGAGUGUAAUACACGUCUCAAAUAAUGCUCCAAAUUUCAAUGUCUCCACGAACUCUAAUAUAUUUUAAAAAAUAAAAGAAAUAAUGCAUCAAGUCUCUAGAUGCAUGCUUGCCUUCCUCUAUAAAUACCAGCUCAUCUUGAGUUAACGAAACUUGCAUUCCAAGUUGGAUUACCAAUAGCUUUAACAUUGGUCUAAAUUUAUUUCUUCAGAACUCUGUUUCUAACUCUCUACUCUCUAUGGCUCCAGUGCCUAGUUCUCCCGUCAACGUAGGACACAUCGAUGAUGUGCAAGAACUCAGGAAGUUUAAGCCCAACACUAUUCCCGAAAGAUUUAUCAGGGGCGUACAAGAGAGGCCAACACCACCAACAGCUUUAAUCUCAUCCUCUGAUCUUCCCACUAUUGAUUUAUCCAAACUUUUAAAAGGAAACAGAGAUGAAAUAUUGCAGCUAGCCUCUGCCUGCGAGGAAUGGGGAUUUUUUCAGGUAAUUAAUCAUGGAAUUGCUCUAAACCUACUAGAAAGCAUUGAGGGGGAGGCAAUGGAAUUCUUCGGGCUACCUUUGGAGGAAAAGCAGAAGUACCGAAUGGCACCGGGCACAGUUCAAGGAUACGGGCAAGCUUUUGUGUUCUCAGAGCACCAAAAGUUGGAUUGGUGUAACAUGUUUGCUCUGGGGGUUAUACCCGACUCUAUAAGAAACCCUCUAUUAUGGCCAAAGAAGCCAACAAACUUCAGCAAUACUGUUGAGAUUUACUCUAAAGAAGCAAGAAAGCUUUGCCAGAAUCUAUUGAAGUACAUAGCUUUAGGCCUUGGCCUAAAAGAGGACGUAUUUGAAAAGGCGUUUGGGGUGGCCGUACAGGCAAUAAGGAUGAAUUACUAUCCACCAUGUUCGAGACCUGAUCUUGUUUUGGGGCUGAGCCCACACUCCGAUGGAAGUGCUUUAACUGUUUUGCAGCAAGGAAAGGGCAACUCAGUAGGGCUUCAGAUCCUUAAGGACGACAAGUGGGUUCCUGUUCAACCUCUCCCAAAUGCACUUGUGAUCAACAUUGGCGAUACAAUGGAGGUUGUUACAAAUGGCAGGUACAAAAGCGUGGAGCACCGAGCUGUGACUCACAAGCAGACUGACCGACUUUCGAUAGUCACAUUUUAUGCACCUAGCUAUGACAUAGAGCUUGGACCAAUGCCAGAAUUCGUGGAUAAAAACAAUCCAUGCAAAUAUAGAAGAUAUAGUCAUGGAGAAUACAGUAAACACUAUGUCACAAACAAGUUACAAGGAAAGAAAACCCUGGAGUUCGCGAAGAUUCCAACCAAAAACUCCUACUAAAGCAUCACAACUUUCCCACCUAGGGAUACCAAUGCUCGAUACUGUAUAGAAUUUAGCAGAGCAGUAUUGUGACGUCAGCAUUCAGCUAAUAUUAGGGGGAAAAUAUCAAUCAACAUGCAGAAUGUACAUCUUGUCUUUACUUAUUUCUAAAUUUAAAUGGGUUGUACAGUUAAAAGUUAACUCUUGCCUAGUUGAGCGUUGUUAGAUUCGACAAUUUGGUAAUGGGGCCUCUGAGAUUUGACGCUUCUCAUGUCAAGUCAUGUUCCAUCUUUUGGGAUUUUCAAUCAAAUAGCAGCUGUACUAGUAAGAAAAACAAGUGCAACAUGACGAAGACGUCCCUUUUCAACAAGAUUCUAAGAAGCAUCUACAUAUGGGGAACUAACAACAUAGUACGCCACCAGAUUGUUUUAAAGCCACCAAGAUAAGAAAUGGAAGAGGCAUCUAUGACUAUAAUUUGGGUAAAGGACUUCUUGGGUAGUGGCCAUAAAAGAGCUCAUAAAUUAUGAAUUUGUUCACAUCUAGUGCUUCAAUAGAAACAUAAACUAUUUCACUAAUUUUCUUUUAGUUCUCUGAGUGCUAAGAACAAGCAGUCCACAAAGCGAACCAUGACUAGACCAAAUGUAAUAAUGUCUUGAACAAACUAAUUGAAAGAGCCCAUGUAAUAAUGGCUUUUCAUGCUGACCCACCACAGAGCUGGGCAGGUGAGCAAAAUAGUGUUUCAUCCACCAGAAGUUCAAUCAGAAAUGGCAGAGAGUGCCUAAUGAAAGUAGUAAUCUCCAUUUGUUAGAAAAAGUUGAAGGGGCACAAAGGGUGCAGAUAAACUUCACAUGCAAAUAUCGAAGUAUCUGAUAAAAUGUCUUGGAAGAGAUGGAGGAAUAACCAAUUAGGAAGUUAUAACUUAGAAGUUAAAAUUCCUAAUUACGUCCUGAAGAUUUUGUUUGACUAGGAUCCAAAUUCGACAAACAUUUGGGCCCGUGAAUUGUAACAAGUAUUUGAGGAGAAAGACCAAAAUGUUCAACGGGGGAACAAAAAAAUCUAAUUUAGAACAUCUUAUUGUCAUAAAAAUGUCCUAUACCUUGAAACUAAUCCAUCUGGUUGAGGAUAAAUUUACUCGCGUUCUAGUGGACGGCAUACAGCAGAAGGAAAAGAAAAAAUGGAAUUUGAAGUCCGGUAAUAGGCGGAGAAAUUGUGAGUUGAGUUGAAAACAUCAAAUUUAGUUAACACGAAGUAUAUAUGUAAAACUUAUUUCUUUAUUUGGUAGCUGUGGGAAUGGAUUAGAAAUAAAUGGGCAAAAACGGUCAAGUAAGAUUUGAAAGAUUGACUAACAAAUCAUGCAAACAUAGUUAAAUUCAUGCUAAAAUAUAAUUGUUAGCCAGUGAAAUCAUAAUGAAGUCCACUUAUCUUUAUUGGAAGGAAACUAAAAUUUUGGAUAGUAAAAUUCGACCUUCAAUUGGUGUUAAUGAUAAAGACUAAACAUAUUUAGAUUUCAAAAUUGAAGAUAUAAUUAAAAAAAUUCUAAGUUUAGAAACAAAUGAUAAUCAAAAUACGGAGGCAAAGAAAUUUAUAAUUCGAAAAUUUUUCUUGCUGAUUGAAAACUUAUGAAAGGUUUAGCCUAGUAACAAUAACAAUAACGAGGUCCAGGUGAACAAGUGCAUGCUGUCAUGUUCACAUUGUUAGUGCCAAUACAGGCGUGAUGAUUGUAAGCAGUCAAAAUCACUCAACAAAAGCAAUUAUAAAAUGAUUGCAGUAGAAGAAUUCCUUAUCAUGCCUCACUUACCAUCCAAAUGCAUUAGCAAUCUCAAC